UGUUGCGCACGGACAGAGGAGAGUUUGGUCACUUGGGGAAGUUCUUGUUAGUUUGUUUGUUUGUGGAGCCAUCGGCCUGUGUGUUUGGAGCCUGAUGUCAGAGACACCGAGGAGAUCUUGACUUCUUCAGUGGAGUUUCCAUCAAUAAGACACGUUUCCGUUGAGUUCAGCUGGGAACCGAACCACCGAGCAGGAGUACUGUGUGACAGAGAGGCUCCUCUGAACAGAGCCUGGUCUGGGCAGCCAUGCUGAUGUAUGAUUAUCCUCCAAAGACAGACAUGGAGACGUCAUUCUACACUUCUUUAGUGACAACCCCGGAGCCGUACGGCGUGAUCUUCCCCCAUCCCAGCACCUUCUACCCAGUGCCCAUGCAGGCCUUCCACCAGCCUCACACUCCACAGACGCAGCUGGAGCCGGUGGACCUGUCCGUCAGCAAGCGCUCCUCUUCCACCUCCUCCUCCCCUCCGUGCUCCUCCACAUCCUCCCCUCCCAGUUCGCCGUCGUCCCCGUACAGCUCGGCGAGCCGCGCCUCCCCCCGCUCCCCGCUGCACUCCUCGCCCUCCCACACCCUCCCGCCUCCGCCCACCAGUUCCAUGCCUUACCACCCCAACAUGGUGACUCCCCUGGUGGGCUCAGGCUCCAGGGUCAUGGUGUCACCGGUUAUGGUGCCCCUUCCUGUCUUCUACCCUCCUCCUCUUCACCUGCACCAGCCCAUAAUAGUAAGCCCGCCGGUCGCCAGUGACGACGACCAUCAUACAAGCAGAGAGCGCAAGCCAGUUCUUUCUAUGAAGACGGUGGACGGACACAACCUGCACAAACCGAUCAAGACCGAGACUCAGCCUGAGCUCUGUCAGGACCGUCUGAGCAGCCUUGAUAUCAAACCAUCAGUCAUCAGGAUACCAGCCGAGUACGAGUGCAACAACCCAUCAGUAAUUGUUCGUACGGGCACGAAGCAUCCCCUUCCUGCCGAAUCUCCUGACACCCUGAAAAAGCGAAGAAUUCACCGCUGCGACUUCUCAGACUGCAACAAAGUGUACACCAAAAGCUCCCACCUCAAAGCACAUCGCAGGACGCACACAGGUGAGAAGCCCUACAAGUGCAUGUGGGAAGGUUGCACGUGGAAGUUCGCCCGCUCAGACGAGCUCACGAGACACUUCCGCAAGCACACAGGAGUCAAACCGUUCCAGUGUCCCGACUGCGAACGCAGCUUCUCUCGCUCCGACCACUUGGCUUUGCACAAGAAACGCCACCUCCUGGUGUGAACCCUCCACCGGACAGCUUGAAUUUAUGUAGAGGGCGGGUUAUUGUUGGGACUGGACCACUUUGACUUUAAUGGGGUUAAAAUAGCCGUUCAUGCGCGGUGGACUCUAACAGGGAGCGGGGAACUUGUCCUCAGGGUGCACGUUUUGACCCUUUCACCUCAUUGGAGCAAAGAGUAAGAGCUUGCUGCUCAGCUCAUUUUAAACUUUAAAAAUCGGGGGUUGAAGUAAUUAACCUCUGGUCGGCCACGGAAGGUUCGAACACCUGUCCUUUCUUUUUAAGGGCGGCUGCGUCUCAGCUGGAUUGGGAGCAGCGCUCUCCUUUGGCAGCAGAGUCAAACACCAGUCAAGGCAUGGCUCAGGCUCUUCGUGCAACAUCGGCCCCUCACGUCGCUUCAUUCACACGUUAUUUUGCUCGCUAGGCCAGUAAAAUGUGAAACUUUGCAGAAUGUAUCAUAUCACACCCACUGUGCAUCGUGUCAAACAUGCUUCAGCCUUUUGUUUCCUUCUUUGGCGCAGCUACCUGUGACAUAAAGCUAAUUCCUCUGUUUUCAUGGGCCGUCACGUUCCAGCACCACACACCACAUCUGCCUCUUCAAGCUCACACGAUGAAGUGAUGACAGGUAGCUCAUGCUUGCUUCCUCUUUCACGCGCAGCAGAAAAGUGCACUUAAUAAAAGCAGCUCAUAGCCUUGGACUUGUUUGUGCUUUUGCAUGUAAAAAUACAACCAAAAAAAGUGAGACUGUGGAUCUCAUUCAUUUUUAGAGUGAAGUGUUUAUAAAAAGUUUUCAUUCAGAAAUGUGAAAGUAGCUUCACAGGGGCAUUAUCGUAUGAGUCAUAAGACACCACUCGCUUGGUUUAAGGGUAGAAGAAUUAUGUUUUGUGUAUUAUUAACACAUUUUAUAUAUCUGGAUUAUUUUGACCCGACACCACGGUAGACUUUUUUUCUUGGUAUUGUGUGGCACUUUUACAUAUAAAAAAAAAGCAAAGUGCAAAGCAGGGAAUGUUGCUCUUCAGCUUGUUGCAUUUCAGGAACAAUUGUCGUAUUUGCAGGAGAUGUGCUUAGAAACUGAAUUGCAUGUAUCCGCUGUGAUUGUAAUCAUAAAAUCACACAACAGCAGUUGUACUGCUGCUUGAUGCCAUCGUGAUUUUAGAGCACAACUUUUUUUUUUUAACACAUUUUGGAGAACAAAAUAUUUUAAAUAGCAUCUUUGUACAUCUCCAGUGUGCACUUUAUAUAUAAUAAAAUGUACAUAAAACAAUAUAAUGUACAUACUUCCCAAAGCCAGAAAUAUUUGAUGUCACUUACUUUUUCCUGGUUUGAUUGAUCAGAAACUUGGAGUGAACUUUGGUGUCAUGGUUUUUCAUUUUCCAAUGCCUCAUAUAUUCACGUGUACACAAACAUCUAUACCGAAUGUAGCAGCUGAGCUCAUCUGCGACUUUUGCUUGUAUAUGUUUUUAUAUCUAUGCAUAUGCAAAUUGUUAUAUAAGUGAUUAUUUUUUCAGCUGAAUGGGCAAUUAAAGGUUUUUUUUAUUAAGCAUGAUUUUGAUACUCUAUAUACAUUUCUAUUAUUGUAUCUUUAUUAAACCGUAUCUCUCUUUAAUAUAAGUGGUGGCAAUUCAAAGGGAACAUGUUAAACUGUGAACAUACAACUGUAAAGGUUUAUUUGCAAUUUUACACUUUAAAAAAAGAAU